AUGGAAUAUAGUCUUCAAAAGAUGAUGCCUUAUCCAUAUCAUUUAAUUGGUAUUGGAUUCUUUAAUUCAAUAAACCAUUCUGAUAAACUUAAUCCACCAAAAUAUUAUGCUCAAUUAAUUAAAAAAUUGUUAAAUGAAGGACUUCCAUUUGAUAGAUUGCCAGCAUUUACUGCUCGUGAUGUUUUUAGAUUUCUUGGAGUUUCAAGGAAUCAAUUUACUGAAAUAGCAAAUAGAUUUAAAUCAGAAAAAAGAAAAUUAUUAUCAAGAAAGUUUCCACUUAAUUUUGAAGUAAAACAACCAAAUUGUCAACCAUGGUGGAUAAUAAGAACAUAUUCAAAUAAUAAUGAAGGAAAAUUAACUUUUAAUGAAAAAUUUGUAAAAGAUUGUUUAGACAAAGAAAUAUAUUUAUCAAAUGUAUUUAUUAUUAUUCGAAUUGAAGAAAAAGAUUCAUUUAUACCAAUUAUUCAUGACAACAUUAUUAUUACAAGAACAACAAAAAUGGAAUAUAUUUAUUAUCGUAUUUUAUUAAUUAUAGAUGAUAGACUUACUGUUAAAGAUCUUGUAUCAAUUCUUAUUGAUCCAAAUGAUCGUUUAAUGUUACAAAAGAAAGGAGAAAUAAUGAAAGCAAUAUCUUAUUUGGUUCGUCUUAAUAGAUUAAAUAAAGUUGAAAUUAGAGAUAUUCAAUAUAAUGGAAUAACACCACCAACACCUCGACUAAAUCAACAAAUAAAGAAAAGAGUUUGUUUUAUUGUAGAUGAAGCAGUAGUUUCUACUUUAAUGACUGGAAUUACUAAAACAGAUGAUAUCAAAAGAAUUGUAGUUCAUCUUUUUGAAACAGGAAGACUUACUAAUGAUCAAGUAUAUGCACUUAUAUGUCUUAUUGAACUUCUCAAAACACAACCAUGUGCAAAAGAUUCAAGAGCACACUAUAAAAAGUUUUUUAAUGUUGGUAAUUCAUUAGUAAAUGUAAUAAAAUCAUUACAACAAUUAAUCUGUAAUGAAGAAAUAUUUGGAUUAUGUGAUGGAAUUGAAAUUGUAAAAAUGGAAUGUUUAAAAUAUUUAACUGAAAAAGAAAAAGAAAGUUAUAGAAAGAAAUAUACAAGUGCAUUAAUUGGUUCUAAUAGUAAAAUUAUAUCAUGUCAACAUUCUCCAUUUUCACCUCAAUUAAUACCACAUUCUGUAUUGUCUAGUUAUUUAUUUACAAUAUUUUUAAAUUAUAGUUAUAAUAGUGGAAGUUCUACGUUAAUUCUUCCUAAAGGAUCAUUUCUUCAAUCUCUUCCAAACCAAUUUAAUCAAUUUAAUUUCAUUCUUUCAACUACUUUUACACAUCGUCAAGACAUUGUUUCUAAUUCAAAUGCAUUACUUUUUAUAAAUGAAACAUUAAAAUCAGAACCAAUUAUUAUUCGUGGUUUACAAUUUAAUAAACCUCAUUAUGAAAAUGUUAUUUUCCCAAUUGAAUUCUCUCAAAGUCCAUUAAAACAACAUCCUGUUAUUCAAAAAUUAUCAACUGAACUCACAUUAUCAAAGUUUAUUGGUAAAAUUGUUUUAAUUAACACAACAGAAAAUGAUUUUGAUCUUAAUAAAUUUGAUAAUUGGGAAUUCUUCGAUAUUAUUUUUGGUAUUCCAAUGGAUUGUUAUGAUGAAAACCAACAAUGUGUCAACGCAUUACCAUCACUUUUAAUUGAAAAGAGUAAAGAAGAAAUGUGGAAUGCUUCAUCUGAUAUUAUUCAAGCAUUCUUUCAAUUUCUUUCUAAAUAUGGAUUUGAUUAUAAUUCAUUGAACAACCAAUGUAUUUUGAAAGAAGAUAUGUUGUUGUAUCCUUCUCAACCUAUUCUUUUUGAAAAACAAUUAAUUAAAUAA